GUGCGCACGACCACUACUGGGAACCCCGCCGGCCGCUGGAACUGUCCCGUGCAGCUGUGGGGACCUCACCUGUCCGUCUCUCUGCGUGCCGUGUCCUGAUCUGCUGGGUGGGCGUGCUCUGCCUUGGCACAACAGAUUCUGAGUGCUGGUGCGCGCUCUUUGUGCGCUCGAUCGAUACGAUACCUGCCGGUCAUCCAGGCAAAGAAGGUCCAUCAGGUUCCAAAGGCAACCAGGGUCAGACUGGUCCUCAGGGUCCAAUCGGCUAUCCUGGCCCACGUGGUGUGAAGGGAACGGAUGGAAUCCGCGGCUUGAUGGGACACAAAGGCGAGAAGGGUGAAGAUGGAUUCCCAGGAUUCAAGGGAGACAUGGGUCUCAAGGGUGAUCGGGGGGAGAUUGGACCCAGCGGGCCCCGUGGAGAGGAUGGACCGGAGGGGCCCAAAGGUCGGGUGGGACCUCCAGGUGACCCGGGGCCGCUAGGUGCGACAGGUGAGAAGGGUAAACUUGGAGUACCUGGUCUACCUGGAUACCCUGGUCGACAAGGCCCCAAGGGUUCGCUCGGUUUCCCGGGAUUCGCAGGUACCAACGGGGAGAAGGGAGCUCGGGGAUUGCAAGGCAAACUGGGACAAAGGGGACAACGUGGGCCCACAGGACCGAGAGGUCAACGUGGACCAAGGGGAGCGACUGGCAAACCGGGAUCAAAGGGAACGUCAGGGACUGAUGGACCUCCUGGGCCUCUUGGUGAAAGGGGACUUCCUGGACCACAAGGACCUACUGGAUUCCCCGGACCAAAGGGACCUCACGGACCUCCAGGGAAGGACGGACUGCCAGGCCAUCCCGGGCAGAGAGGGGAAGUGGGUUUCCAAGGCAAGACGGGCCCAACUGGACCACCAGGUGUUGUAGGACCACAGGGCUCCAGUGGUGAAACCGGACAGAUGGGCGAGCGAGGCCAUCCUGGACCUCCCGGACCACCUGGGGAACAAGGACUAGCUGGCCCGUCUGGGAAGGAAGGCACAAAGGGUGAUCCUGGACCCCCCGGAGGCCCCGGCAAAAACGGACCCCCUGGACUGCGAGGCUUCCCUGGUGAGACCGGAUUGCCUGGAACGCCGGGUGGCUCUGGAUUGAAAGGCAGUGAAGGACCUCCCGGCCCACCCGGACCAGCGGGCUCGCCAGGUAUCCGUGGCAAGUCAGGUCCAGGAGGUCCCAUCGGCCUGCCAGGACGUCCCGGACCACAGGGGCCACCCGGGCCUGCUGGAGAGAAAGGAGUGCCGGGUGAGAAGGGGCCAAUUGGCCCAGCCGGUCGUGAUGGUGCCCAAGGUCCAGCUGGUCUUCCAGGACCCGCAGGGACUCCCGGAGGUCCUGGUGAGGACGGUGACAAGGGUGAAGUCGGGGACGCAGGACAUAAAGGAAGGAAGGGUGACAAAGGAGAACAUGGUCCACCUGGACCUCCUGGUCCCAUCGGUCCCGUUGGCCAACCCGGUCCCGCUGGGGCAGACGGUGAAACUGGAGCCAGAGGACGACAAGGUCACUUUGGACAGAAGGGAGAUGAAGGGCCACGAGGCUUCCCGGGAUCUCCUGGUCCAAUUGGCUUGCAGGGAAUGCCUGGACCUUCAGGGGAGAAGGGUGAAACGGGUGACGUCGGUCCCAUGGGUCCACCAGGUCCUCCAGGACCAAGAGGUCCCGCGGGUCCAUCAGGAGCAGACGGUCCCCAAGGUGGACCUGGUGGAAUCGGCAACCCAGGGUCCAUCGGAGAGAAGGGUGAAUCUGGUGAAUCCGGUGCUCCAGGAAUCCAAGGCAUUUCCGGUGGCAGGGUGAGUAUAAGGCCCGGAAUUACAUCUGGGCAUCAGAAACUGGCGCUCGUCAACGGCGGAGAAAUCU